GAUCAUCUUCUUUAUUCCAAUCCCAAUUUCCAAUCUGAAACCCUAAAUUUCGAAAUUCCCAAAACGAAAUCGCAAUGGCACCAAAAGGAGAGAAGAAGCCAGCAGAGAAGAAACCAGCAGAAGAGAAGAAAUCAACAGUAGCAGAGAAAGCACCAGCGGAGAAGAAGCCAAAGGCCGGAAAAAAGCUACCAAAAGAAAGCGGUUCUUCCGCCGGAGAGAAGAAAAAGAAGAGAAGCAAGAAGAGCGUUGAAACUUACAAGAUCUACAUCUUCAAGGUUCUGAAACAAGUUCACCCUGAUAUUGGUAUUUCAAGUAAAGCUAUGGGAAUAAUGAACAGUUUCAUCAAUGAUAUUUUUGAGAAACUUGCUCAAGAAUCUUCUAGACUUGCUAGGUAUAACAAGAAGCCAACUAUUACUUCUAGGGAAAUUCAAACUGCUGUUAGACUUGUUUUGCCUGGUGAAUUGGCUAAACAUGCUGUUUCUGAGGGUACUAAAGCUGUUACUAAGUUUACUAGUUCUUGAAUUUGUAAUGGUUUAGUUGUUGUUUAUUUGGUUUUUACUUGUUGGAUCUGGUUUUAGGGUUUAUUAGAUGUUUUAAUUAGUUUAUUUUUGUCUUUUUAAAGAUUUAGUUGAAGAAAUUGAUCUAGUGGUUCUUUGUGUAUGAAAAUGGUGGAAUUGAUUAUAUUUGACUACUAAAAUGUUUGUAUGGUA